UUUAAAAACAUGAUGAUAUUAUCAUUUUAAGUCGUAUAUACACAUGUCAAAUUUAUCAAUCACAAAAUCAAGUAUCUCCAAUCAUCUUGACAGUUUUUUAUUUCCAAACAAGGGAAAUUUUCUCUGUAAGUACACUUCCACUUGCCCGGUUAGUGCAAGCGUUUUCAGUAAUUGUUUUUAAAAUAAACGCUAGCCACUUUCAAGUAUUACACAAAAUCUCAAGAGCCAUGAGUUGACAAAUUUACGUGAUAGCAACAAUCAGAAGUACUUCAUGAAUUUCUACUUUAAAGCUACUUUACUCAGUUAGAACAAGCGACAACAUGAACCCUCGCUGGGUGACUACUUGUCUGCCGCUUCUGUUCCUCUCUUUUGCCAACGCCGGUAUUUUAUACCCCCGCGUUUCAGAGACACGAGAACAGAUUUCACUGGAUGGAUUAUGGAACUUUGCCACUUCAAGCCCAACGCAAAAACAUGACAGUACUUGGUAUUUGAGAAACUUUCGGGCCGUGGAUGGUCUUGAAGUUGACUUGAUGGCAGUACCUUCAAGCUACAACGAUAUAGGUACUGGAUUUGAAAUCAGGGAUCACGUAGGUCUAGUGUGGUACCAACGCGAUUUUGUUGUACCCAAAUCCUGGCAAAGCGGAAAGGUCUGGAUUAGGUUUUCCUCGGUGUGCUAUAGUGCGACUGCGUGGAUUAAUGGAGAAGAGGCAGUUUCGCAUUCCAUUGGUCAUCUACCGUUCCAAGCGGAUGUGACGUCACUUGUGGUUUAUGGUGCUCGAAACACUAUUACAGUGGCUGUUGAUAACAUUCUCACCAAUUCGACCAUACCUGAAGGGUACAUCGAAGAACUGAACAGUGGAAGACAAAAACAACAAGUGACGUUCGACUUCUUCAAUUACGCAGGAAUUGAUCGUCCGGUGGUACUUUAUACCACUCCCUCUACUUACAUUAAUGACGUAACAGUUACGACAGACUUUGACGGAACUAACGGUUUUGUUUCUUACGACGUUUUCCUAGUAGGUUCUGACGCAGUUACUGCCAGAGUAAGCCUUUUGGACAAGGAAGGAAACGAAGUAGCAGUUGACACUCUCUUAAAUAGUACUCUUUUCGUCCAAAACGUGAACUUGUGGUGGCCUUACUUAAUGGACCCUAGUCCAGGAUACUUGUAUACUUUACAAAUACAACUAUUGGACUCAUCUGGCGAACUGUGGGAUAAGUACUCACAACCAGUUGGUAUACGUACCAUUUCUUGGAACGAAAAUACGCUUCAAAUAAAUAAUAAACCCGUUUAUUUGCGAGGUUUUGGGCGUCACGAGGAUUCAGCCAUUAGGGGUAAAGGUCUGGACUUGCCUCUAAUUCUUCGGGAUCACAAUCUAAUUAAAUGGAUAGGUGCUAAUGCGUAUAGAACUUCUCACUAUCCAUACGCUGAAGAGAUAAUGGAUUUAGCUGAUCAGUUAGGCAUCAUGAUCAUUAAUGAAUGUCCAGCUGUAGGCCUCAUUCAUUUAGGGACACCAGAAUUGUUAGAAAAUCAUAAACGAUCUCUCACUGAAAUGUACAACAGAGACAAAAACCGACCAAGUGUUAUUAUGUGGUCCGCAGGAAAUGAACCAGCAAGUAGUGACCCUCAAGCAACUGACGACCAUUUUAGAGAAGUUUUCGCCCAUAUUCACGAUUUGGAACCAACUCGACCCGUGACAGUCAUUAAUUUUAACGGACGCCACGAUAACCAAGGAGGUGAAUAUAUCGACGUUAUCGGUUUCAAUUUCUACACUGGCUGGUAUCAAGACACUGGUGAGCUUGACGUUGUAGUAACAAACCUGGUGGCUGAAGGUCAAAGGUUGCGUGGUAUUUAUAACAAACCUGUCAUGGUAACUGAAUAUGGUUCUGACACCCAGGAAGGGCUACAUAUUCUUCCGUCGUUUGUUUGGACCGAAGAAUAUCAAAACGAGCUGAUCAGUAAAUUCUUCCAGGGUUUUGAUCAAAUGCGCGACGACGGUUUUAUCGGUGAAAUGAUCUGGUGUUUCGCCGAUUUUAAGACGGAUCAGUCUGUCAACAGGGUAGGUGGAAAUAAAAAGGGCAUUUUUACUAGGGACCGAGAACCGAAAGCUAGUGCGCACUUGUUGCGUAAGCGAUAUUGGGCUUUGGCUGAAGUUUUGGAUAACGUGGAAGUACCAGAUGACGUCAAUGAGUAUAUAAUUGGAAAUUAAAAAGCAGGAAUACACGUUUUAUUACGUUGGAAGAUUAAUGGUCACACUGCGGUGCACGUUUCUGGUAUUUGUAAUAACUGAUAAUUAUAAGUCUAUCUAAAUGUAAAAUAAAAUAAUCACCCGUUUUAUAAACGCAUCUGUGGAAUCUUUUUUCACGAAAGAUAUAUGAAAGGGACGAAUCCAAGUUUUCUUUGUUCAUGGCCAACUUCAUUUAUACCCGCGGGCACGUGGAAAUUAUCAUUUUUAUAAAAGGUGCAGUAAAGAAGCAACUUUUCUGUUAUAACGCUAUUUAUUCGUGUUUUAAAUAUGAAUGACGUUGGUCGUAGCUUAAACUAUAAGGCCUUGGUGUGCCACAAAGAAAAUAUGGACGCAGAAUAACAUUAUACAUGUUUUCUUGUAUAUCAUUAGUGUACGUCAUCAAUAAAUAUGGCCGCUAAAGGUCAGUUUAGGUAUC